CGGAGGGCGGCAAGAAGGACGCCGGCCUCGCCGAGGCCAAGGGCUGGCAGGACGGCAAGAAACAGGUGGUGAGCUUGAUGCUGCGCCAGACCAUGCGCAGCGCACAACAGAUACGCGAGCUGCAGAGCACCCUCUUCGACGUCUUCCUUGCGCCAGAGGGAUCGCCCAUCGUCUGGGCCAUGCAGGAACAAACCUCGAUGUACAGCGAGACGGUGAAGAACAACAAGAACCACGAGCUCGGACACAGGCCCGACCAGCAGGAUCAGCCGAUCAAGAUCUCGGACGCGCGCCACCAGACGAUCGUGAAGGCCCACGACGAGUACGCCGAGUACACGCUGGAAAAGAAGUGCGAGCUCGCACGAGUAUGCAAGCUGGAGAAAGUCUCCCAGAAGGGCAAGAAAAAGCUAACGAUGUGCUUCCGCAACCAGACGUUCAGAGCGACCAUCAUGCAGGCGUGCCAGGGCAUCGGGCAGAUGGAUCUGAAGCAGUGUCGCGCCCGCACGAGCUUCCCCGAGCGGGAGCUCCAAGCGGUGCUGGAG